GAGGAACAGAAGGCUCGUCUGAAAGCUGAGAAGAUCCGCAUAGCUCUGGAAAAAAUUAAAGAGGCUAAAAUACGAAAGUUAUUUGUGCGAGUAUUUGCUACUGAUGGGAGCAGUAAGAGUAUACUAGUGGAUGAAAAGAUGACUGUUGGUCAAGUAACUGGACUCCUGGCUGAUAAAAACCACAUACCACUCAACACCAACCUAGCAGUCAUUGAACACAUGCCCGAUUUAUUUAUGGAGCGAGUAUUAGAGGACCAUGAUUCAUUAGUGGAAAAUAUGGUCAUGUGGACACGUGAUUCUAAAAAUAAAAUAUUAUUUGAGGAACGUUCACAGAAAUAUGACCUUUUCAACCAACCAGAGAAAUAUUUACUGCAUGGUUCCACUACUGAGAAAAAUGUCAGUUUACCUCGAGGACAGAGAGAUAGACUUCUUCAGGAAUUUUAUUCAGCAGGAGGUGCCCAUGCCCCAGAAGUGGAGGGUAUGUUGUAUCUAAAGGCAGACGGGAAGAAAUCGUGGAAGAAAUAUUUCUUUGUGUUACGAGCAUCAGGCCUUUAUUAUAAUCCUAAAGGAAAAAUCAGCAAGGUAAUGAACUAA